UGGACAUGUUGGACUAGUCGCUGUGAGUGUGUGCGCGCGUGUGUGAGUGAGUGGAGGAGGAGGGGGCUCAACCAACUAUGUGGAUGAGGGCGCGCUGCGCAUCGCUACGCCCCUGCUCGCUCCAAGUCAGACGGCUCCUUCUCCUCGCGUCUUCUCGUCUGCUGGCUGCCUCUCUUUCAGCACCAAUCCUUUAAGGACAGCAGCGCACACCCCCUUUCGCCGUCCUUCCAUCUAUCCCUCCUUCUUCUUCUUCCAUCCAUCCGUCCAUCCUCCACCCUCGGGAUCAUUACUGCAGCGAGCGGAUCGAAUGCGAAAAUUUCCACUCAAGACGCACAAAUAAAGUGCAAGGAAUUACUUCUUGGGAUUUAUUUUCAUCAGGAAGACUUAAUAGUCAACUUGACGGAGGGGACGGAGAACCUGCGUGACCCGAACCGGUGCUGCUGAAGUGGUACCCUUCCUCCUCCUCGUUCCUUCGUCGUCGACGCGAGCAUGGCCACGAACGGGACCAAAGCGUCGGACGGCCACGUCCUCACGGAGACCGUGAGCGAGGCGCCGACGAACACGGCCAACGACAAACCCAAAACGCUUGUGGUGAAGGUGCAGAAGAGCAAAAAGGACUUACCCGAGCGAGAGACGUGGGGCGGGAAAUUUGACUUCUUGCUCUCGUGUGUGGGAUACGCAAUUGGACUCGGGAACGUGUGGAGAUUUCCUUAUUUGUGUGGAAAGAAUGGCGGAGGAGCCUUCUUGAUUCCCUACUUUUUGACCUUGAUAUUUGCUGGCAUGCCCCUCUUCCUUCUGGAGACGGCUCUUGGUCAGUACACGUCUAUUGGGGGGCUCGGAGUGUGGAAGCUGGCACCUAUGUUCAAAGGUGUCGGCCUGGCCGCUGCUGUUCUCUCCUUCUGGCUUAACAUUUAUUAUAUUGUCAUCAUUUCCUGGGCUAUUUACUAUCUGUACAAUUCCUUCACAACAGAACUGCCAUGGCAGACUUGUGGUAAUUCCUGGAACACAGAGAACUGCUACACCAACUAUAGCAUCGCUGAUACCAGGAACCUCACUAGCGCUGUGGUGGAGUUCUGGGAACGCAACAUGCACCAGCUGACCGACGGCCUGGAAAAACCUGGAGAGGUCAGGCUCCCCCUGGCCAUCACUCUGGCCAUCGCCUGGGUGCUGGUCUAUUUCUGCAUCUGGAAGGGGGUCAGCUGGACCGGCAAAGUGGUGUACUUCUCAGCCACGUACCCAUACUUUAUGCUGUUCAUCCUCUUUUGUCGCGGCAUCAGUCUGCCUGGCGCUAUGGAUGGAAUCCUCUUUUAUAUCACGCCAGACUUUGAAAAACUGAAAGAGUCUGAGGUUUGGUUGGAUGCUGCAACUCAGAUCUUCUUUUCCUACGGACUGGGAUUGGGCUCUCUGAUCGCAUUGGGUAGCUACAACCCCUUCAACAACAACGUAUACAGAGAUUCUGUCAUUGUCUGCUGCAUCAACUCCUUCACCAGCAUGUUCGCCGGCUUUGUCAUCUUCUCCAUUGUGGGAUUCAUGGCCAACGUGACAAAGAGACCCAUUGCUGAUGUGGCAGCCUCAGGACCUGGUCUGGCAUUUUUGGCUUAUCCCGAGGCUGUCACCCAGCUGCCAAUCUCCCCUCUGUGGGCCAUCCUCUUCUUCUCCAUGCUACUGAUGUUGGGAAUCGACAGCCAGUUCUGCACCGUGGAAGGUUUCAUCACCGCACUGGUAGACGAGUUCCCUCACGUUCUACGGAAGCGGCGUGAGAUUUUCAUCGCCAUCGUCUGCCUCGUCUCUUACAUCAUUGGACUGUCCAACAUCACCCAGGGUGGCCUGUAUGUGUUUAAGCUCUUUGACUACUACUCAGCCAGCGGGAUGUGUCUUCUGUUCCUCGUUUUCUUCGAGUGCACCUCCAUUUCAUGGUUCUAUGGAGCGAAUAAGUUCUACGACAAUAUUGAGGAAAUGAUCGGUCACCGUCCUUGUAUGUGGUGGAAGGCCUGCUGGGUUGUAUUCACACCGCUCAUUGUGGGGGGUGUGUUCCUGUUCAGUGCGGUACAGAUGGUACCCCUCACCUUGGGUGACUAUGUGUUCCCAGCCUGGGGCCAGGGUGUCGGCUGGUUAAUGGCGCUCUCCUCCAUGGUCCUCAUCCCUGGCUACAUGGGCUACAUGUUCCUGACACUCAAAGGCACUUACAAAGAGCGUCUGAGGAUGAUGAUCAAACCGGUGGUCCUGGUGAAGGCUCAGGAAAACGGUCCGGAGCAACAGACGGAAAGUCAGAACCCCGCCACUGAGGAGGCGUACAUCUAGAACCUCGCGAGCUUCUCUCUUGUCUCAGCGGUUCUCCGUCGGGCUCCAAACACGCCCCAAGAGAAGCGGAAUCAAGGUUGGGAACGACCACCAGACGUCUACGUCUGCUUUCAUUCACCUACCUCCCGGGGACACGUGAGACCAACCUGACCGCAUUUAUUGUUAUUAUUGUAAUUAUGAAAUCUCUUUUCUUUUUUUAUUUUCUUGUUGUAUCAUACGGAGGAAACUACCCAGCCAACGUGUUGUGUACUUAUAAAGUUCAUUAUGCAAAAAAAAAACAUUUUAACAAGAGAAAUAUAAGUUAGAAAGUAAAACUACAUUAAAAGAUAUUGUUUUACAUUUUGAAGGCCCGCAUUGAUAGUUUAGACGACAAUAACUGUACAAAGACAAUACAAUAAAAUACAAUAAUACUUUAUUUAUAUAGCGCAUUUCAUAACAGCCAAAGCUGUAACAAAGCGCUUCACAUAUACAUUUACAACUAUCGGGUUCAAUGCAUUUUUGCUUGUAAAAUAAGUAAAUACAUAAACUAGAGGCCAUGUUUUAGGUGAGAAAUUAAAUGGAAAUAUAUGGACGUGGAAUGCGAAUGGGGCCAAAUAUAAUAGAUCCAGACUAUUUCAUUUCAACUGUUUACCAGCCGUGUCUGGGGGCUUAUACGUUCAAAAAGCACAAGUGCAGUUUGUAGUACGAGUUUGAAACCUAUGACAAAAAAAAAGAUUAAGAAUAAAAAAAGAUAUAUAUACUUCAGUAGAAUAUCUAGCAAAAACUGUCAUCACUGUUGACAGUUUUGUCUUGUUUUUCUGAAGAACAAUAACUAUGUACAGUGUGUUGUUGGAAUCCUUUCUUUUUGAAGAAUAACUUUGAGGUAGUUUUGUAUAUUUGAGACAGAGAAGGACCAAACAAGCACACACAUCGGUUCGAUUAUUACAGGUACACUUGCAAACUUACUAACAGCAUGUGAUCACCCCUUAGCAGACUGUCAAUCAUGGCAACAUCCCGUCGUGUACUAUAAUCCUACGAGCAUCCCGUGUGAACGCGUAUUCGAACAAUAAGCUUAAAUGACAGAGAAGCUAUGACCGAUUAUAGCAUAGGUUUCUAUGACAACCAGUACAGUAACUAUACAGUAUUUAGUAACUGACUCCUCAGGAACAAAGGUGGAUGUGACCAAAUGCUCCCGGAUAAGGUACACUGAAGCAGUAAUAUAAGUAUAUAUUAUAAAUUAAAAAGAUGUCUACCGUAGCUCCUCAACUAAAUUGCCACAUAUGAGGGAGAAAUGUUUAUUAGCAGAGAGGCCUUUAUUCAAACAAAUAUAUUUUUCCCAGUAAUAUGAAAAUGAUAGAUGAGAAUUUAAUUUAUAUCAAUACUAUUAAACAGCUCAAAUCAGGGCAAAGACUGGGUGGAAUUAAUAAAUUCUUAUAACAACAUUGUAGCGUAGCCAACAUUAUGGCGUGACUAUUAGUCAGUUAAAAGACGGCGUCUCAGUAUAAAAGAACUAUCAUAGUCCGCUCCAAUGUUAGUUGUCGUUAAAGACCCCAUCUGAAGUUAACAUGAGAUUUGAUUGUUAUCUCGGUAGAUGCUGCUGAUUUGGUUAGCAACAGAGAUCAAAUGGCACAGCGUGAACAACAGAGUCGACUGAAAUAAUUAUAAUUCAAGUGCACCUCGGAAAAGUCGGUGUCGGAUCAAUAGACUUUCGGACAAUAAUAAUAAUUACCCUUUUUUUCCCAAUGGGAAAUUUCCCAAUUUGUCUUGCGACGUCAAAUAGAGGAAUGACCACAUAUUUGAGGAAGUUACUAUUUCGUUUUCUUUAGGCUUCUGAGAGACUGUUUACGUGUUUCAGUAGGUAUUGCUGUUUUGGUUAGCAACAAAGUUCAAAUAGGUUUAGCUCAUUUUUUAAUGUCCGCGUAUUUGAGGAAGAUGAUUAUUUAUCUCAAGUGGGCAUUUGUUGUACGGCCACUGUUUGAGGAAAUACACGGUCAUUAAAAUUUCUCCUUCUCUAAAAACGUUUAAACUGGGAUCUUUGGACAACAAAUCCAAAUCUGAUGUGUGUAUGUGUGUGUGCACACAUUUAUGCGUGUGUGCGUUUUCUUUGUGCACAUCAUUUCUCAUAAUGAUAAAUGACGAUCAAGGUUGGAAUCUGUCUAAAUACUGGCGAGUCCUUUUCGUAGGCUAAAGGAAAACCUAUUAUUACAUAUCAAGUUUGCACGGCAAUAGGAAUAAAUGAUAGCUUGUCUUAUCUUAUUACUGUAAAGAAAGAGAAUUAAAAAAUGAAUAAAUAUUGAUGAUAAUAUUUGCUUCUGUGGCAGCUAAAUGCGACAGGAAUCAGGUUGAAUCCGUCCCGUUAGGUCUCUUUUAUUUAUGUAUUUUCUUUCCAAGUACGUAAAUGAAAAUGACGACGAAGGAUUCGAUGCAUUUUUUUUUGUACAAAGUGACUAUCUGCAGUUUUCUCUCUUGAAUGAUGUUGUAAACUGGACUGUGUAAUACAUGUAUCUGUGAAUGUCCGUACAACCUGACUUUUUUUUUUGUUUCUUUAUUUCUGUCGAUCCAAUGUGGACGCAAAAAAAAAAGGAAAAGAAAAAGAAAGUGUAUUAUUUUCUGUUUUCCGCAAUGAUAUUCUCGGAAAGACUAAAGCACAUCUUUCUCUCUCUUCGCUGUACAAACGAUCAUAACAGAAUAGCGUAAUAAUGCUGAUGAUAAUGUCAUAGAAAUGUCUAGUCAGAGAAUAUUGUUUUGUAUAUUUUUAGCUGUUUCUUGGGCCUGAUGUAAAAUAUUAUAUGUAAAAAAAAUAUAUAUAUAAUAAAUGUCUUUAGAUGUGUUCUAUGAAAAAGCAUGAUGCAAUAUAUGUUAUCUGCAAAAAAAAUAAAU